UGGAGUCGUGUACUUUGUCCGCCUCUGUCCGAGACCUGAAAUGUGUGUUAAAUAUUUGUGUAGUGUUGGGGCCUGCUGUAAUCUUUACCACCUUGUGUAUUCUAUUGCAGAUUGUCUUUCUCAUUUGAACGUUUGUGGCCAUGCCCCUCUAUACCCCAGAGUUGUGGGUGGUACGGAUGCACAUGAGGGGGCGUGGCCAUGGAUGGUCAGUCUUCACAGCCCCAAAUAUAAAGGCCAUUUUUGUGGGGGUUCCCUCAUCAGCAGUGGAUGGGUGUUGUCUGCAGCUCACUGUUUUUCUAGUGUCAACACGUUCAGCAUCAUUGUGUAUUUGGGAAGGAGGAGACAGCAGGGCGAUCAUGGGCACGAACUCAGCAGAAGUGUCAACACGCUCCUCAUUCACCCGUCCUUCAACAGCGACACCUACAACAAUGACAUCGCUCUUCUGCGUCUGUCCUCUUCAGUCAACUUCACUAACUAUAUUAGACCUGUGUGUUUAGCAGCGGAAAGCAGCGACUUCCCUUCCGGCACCAGCAGCUGGAUCACAGGCUGGGGACAAACUGCAUCUGGAGUGAAUUUGUCUUAUCCUGGGACUCUGCAGGAGACUGUGGUUCCAGUGGUAAUUAAUUCUGAAUGUAAUAAUCUGCUGGGUGCCAACCUCGUUACAGACAACAUGUUGUGUGCUGCUUUACUGCAGGGAGGAAAAGACACCUGCCAGGGGGACUCUGGUGGUCCAAUGGUGAGUCAGCAGUGUUCAGUGUGGGUUCAGUCUGGUAUCAUUAGUAGGGGUCAUGACUGUGGUCAGCCCAGUGAACCUGGUGUGUACACCCGUGUGUCACAGUAUCAGCAAUGGAUCACCACCUCCAUCGGCAAAAACCUCCCAGGAUUCGUCAUCUUCAACCCCCAAAUCUCAUGUUCUUCUGCUAGCCAAGGUUGAGGUGUUUACCCCUACUUUCAAGAACUGCAAUGCCAGUAACCAGUUCCACUAUAAAAGGCCUGUCAUAGAACUUCACUCAUGGAUAUGAUCAUCACAAACUGCACAAGUUCAACAUUUGUUGAACAGGCAUCGUUUUCUACAGAACUGACCAUAGUAGUUGUGUGUAACUAACAAGAUUAAUUGUGAACAAAAAGCAGUAUUUUUCUCAUCUUCUCUCAGUUAAACACCAUUUUAACUUUUUCAUUCAUAUAAUUUUGCAAAUCUUUUGAACAGAAAAAAAAAAUCAUGGUUUCCAUAAAAAUACUAAGCAGCUGAACUGUUUUCAACACUGAUAAUAAUAAAAAAUGUUUCUUGAGCAGCAUAUUAGAAUGAUUUCUGAAGGAUCAUGUCACUGAAGAUAGACUGGAGUAAUGAUUUUGCAUCACAGAAAUAAACGACAUUUUAAAAUAGAUUUGAAUAGAAAA